AUGAGGGCCACACGCGCAACACAAUCACCCGCCAACUGGGGCAACGUAUGUACCAGUUGUAUGGCUUCCACAGCAAAAGAAUACCUGGUCCUGGUAGCUUACGACGAGAGAGAAGGGAAGACAAGAAAAACAAGGACGCGGCACCUGUCCCGGCUCCCUCUCAUUACAUUCACUGGUCGGACAGCCCCGUCUGCCAGUCCAGUCAUCCGUCAGAUCAAUAACAAAAACGCACAGCCCGGCAGAGGGAGGGAGAGAGAGAGGUACCUGAUCUUUAGAUAUCGGGAACCCUGCUAUCGGCAGCACAAUAGCAAUGCUCGUACCUGA